GAAGGAGGCCUUAGAGAUGGUUGAUCCUUAUUCGAUCGAUGGAGUGCACUCGUGCCAUGAUCCAUGGUAUACCUUCUGGGACGGCUUCUUGGAAUUUAGCACUUGGUCGGAAAAAAGAGCACUUGAGAAGCAAAAAGAUCUAGGUUUGCUUGACGCUUUGAAAGAAGGUGACAUCAGUGCAACGUGGUUUCCUUCGUCGAGUGACUUAAUGCGGGCAAGGCUUGAGAGGUUGGAUUUGCUGCUCGUGCUAAUCUAUUUUGCGUUCCCGUCUAGUAAGAUGGAGGAUUGGAUAGGUUGGGCCAAGGAGAUGCUUGCCGAGCAUGGUUUUGUGGAAAUAUUACGUGCUGUCGGGAUCCUUAAAUGGUGCACAAGUACCGAUACUUUCAUUCUCACUUUUGGGGAAGUCACUGUGACUUUAAAGGAUAUGACAAAUUUGAUGCUGUUGCCUGUCGUUAGAGAAGAGGAUCUGCGACACAUAACGCUGACACCAGAUGAGCGUGUUGCACAAGUGGCCUUAAGGAAAAUGCGAUACUUUCGAAUUGGCAAAGGCAAAGAUACUCCAUACGUUUGUGCAGCCUUCCUUACAGCUUGGUUGAGUAAGUUUGUCUUUGGGGGUUUCUUGAAUCAUGAGAUUACGGCGGAGUGCAUUCCUCUAGCAAUCUGCUUGGCUAAAGGUGUGAGGUUCCCUCUAGCUCCGCUGAUGUUAAGAAAAAGGAAAGUGAAGGGGCAGAUAGUCCUGGAAGUUGACGACCUUUUGGAUGACUAUGACAGUUUUAAUUUUCAUGCGUACAAGGUAAUGCCAAGGACAUUUGCUCCACUUGAAGUGAGCUUCUUCGAUAAGACACUCCCAGUAGUGCUUGGGAGCCAGAUUGUAGACUUUACUACAAGAAAUUCAAGUCAUCUGGAGAUGCUGGCAGUGGAUAUUCCUUCCGCUCCUUCCUCAGAUAAGAUAGAUUGGAACAAGGCCUUGCGGCCUUACAUUGAUGAGGCUGCCAUAACCAUGUGGAGUGAAGGUGUUGCCACACUUAGGGAGGAUAAUGGACAAUGGGUACCCGUCUAUCCUCCCAUUCUUGGUAUGACGGAGGAAAAGUAUGGCCACGUUGGUGUUGCUAUUGGAGAAUUCGGGUAGGAAGCAACUGGCAAUGCUGGAGUUAGAGGUAAGUACACUUUCUUGCUUCCUUUUUUAUCUUAAAAUUUGGUUCUUCUUUUAUUGAAAAAUUGGCUUGGAUUCAUGGGCUUGUAUUUAUCUGCAAUGACAGCAAAAUACAUGUAAAUAUAUGUUCAAAUAUUUA